AUGUCCCGCAUCGAUUUAGUAGUCACCUGGCUGGCCAUUGUUAUCGAUUUUGUGCGUGCGCAUGAAGUGUCCGAGGGCAUUAAGCCUGGCACGAUAUUUGACUCGAAACGAACUGACCCCGUGGCAUGGUUGGCAGUACUGGACUUCGAUUCCGGUUGCAUUCCUGGCCUGACCCCCAUCUCCACUCGGUGUUCUGCGAACGAACUCCCCAUUAUUAGUGGCGUGGGAUGCUUGGCUGCACCCCGUAUCCAAACUACAGAUAGUAGCGGAGCUGCUUCCUCGUCAUUGUCUUCCAAAAGCUCGUUCACUCCACUUCAUCACCGCCCCUCGAAUGAGCCUCUGAUCAAUGUGGUCGAAGUGUGGUUGGCCGACCCGACACAAGCUAAAACUGUGAUGACUAUGUGUGCGGGUAACCACGCUCUGUUCAUGCGUCGACGUCAACCAGAUACGGUAGAAGUGCAACAGAUGCGUGCCCAAGCACGAGAGGAGCGGGCACGGCGUGAGGUCGAACGGAGCCGCCUAGCUCGAGCCCGUGCAGAGAAGGCUGAGGCGAUUGACGCCAAACAGGCUCUGGAAACGCGAUGUGCCCAACUGGAACAGGCAUUACGACACCAGCAAGAGCUGCAACGCGCUUAUCUGUCUGGUGGUUUGGCCGGUGCGCGUGAGACUCGCACUUCUCGAAUUCGUAGUCAACCGGACGCGGAGCACGAUGAAGGCGAGAAUGCUCCGUUGGAAUUGCGUACUCCUCAACCACCGCGCAUUACUCGUCGUUCACUUCGUCUCCCAACCACACCGGGUGGCCCGCGCAUUCAGUCCAAGCCGUCUGAGGCAGAUGCCUUUUUGUCUAAUCAAAACAAAGCAGUUCGUGGUGAACAGAAUGACGCUGGUGUCGAGGAUGGACCGAAAUCGGACGAUGAACAUAACCCCGGACUGGAAAAUGCGCCUGGGUCGUCUGACAUACAAUUUGGUGAUUGCAUUUUCUAUCCACCAGACAAUGAUGAUGUGGAUGAACUGGACUAUUCGGAAUACAUACGGUGGAGUGGUGGAGAUGGAGGAGUGAAUCCACGGGAUCAAUUUCCUUUCGUUCAUCCUGCUUCCACACCAUAUAGGGUCAGACAUUUCGGGGCGCAACAGAUGCGCCCAAUGUUUCAUUCUCCAGCAACCCCAGCUUAUCAUUCCUCAUAUAUUUCCGGUGGCGGUGCUGGGGGUGGAUCAGCUUCAACACCGGCCACCCCGUUUGUUCGAAGAGCUAUGGUUUCCAUCGAUGACUCAGCAGUCCUCAAUCAAAAUAGUCGCAUCACUCCUCAGACAUCUCGACGGCGGCUAACAAUCACCAAUCCAUAUACAGCAGAGUUAACUGAGAUCGCUGCCGUACCUAAAGUUCCCUACUCAGCUCAUUUUGCUGGAUAUGUGGCAUCUCACCCAUCAUACUAUCAUUCUGCUAUGUGGAAUCCAUAUUGUCCAGAUCAGUCACAUCUCGCUCAUCCGAUUGCAGCUUACCGCAAUGAAUCGGGAUACGGUUGGGAUCCGGGCCCCGAAAAACGUCCACAUCCCCACUUUACUAGUCGCUACCCUCAAUUCCCGUCACAUGUUUGUCCGACUACCGUGGGUAGUAUGCCUGCAAUGCUCAACGAAACCCAUCUGGCCUCAGAUUCAAACGCUUAUCUGUCAGACGAAAUGUGGAGCGCCUAUCCCGUACGCUCUGGUAAUCUGUUCCCGUCAGCAAGAACACCUAAUCAUCCCUGUCAUCUUCCUUGCGCUUCCUGUUACGCCUGUGGCCCGGACUCUGCUGUCGUUCCAACAGGCAUCCCAACAGAAUACUGNAUUUUGAGGGACCCGAGAGAUGAUGUUCCCAAUCAUCCGGGUUAUUGUGUGCCGUUGGCACCGCCUCCUCUGCGUCGCGCUGCAAGUAUCGGGGAAUCUGCGUGGAUUGGUGAAUCAAUGAGUUACACACCGUAUGCACCGCCACCACCUGUUGCAUAUCCAAAUCAAAUACCUGCUGCAUCUGAACUGUCCUACCACCCCAACACUCCGCUCAAUCCGGCCCAACGGGGCUACUUGUCUUGUCGCUUGCAAGAGGAACGAGCCAGAUUCGCUAUGCUGCAGGCCCAAUUCUCCAAGCAGCUGUCAGAUACCUGGGCAUGUUUGCAAGUCACUCGUUCUCCGGGAUGUAUCAAACCUCCACCGGACCUCUAUGGGGACUCGCCAUUACGCAACACUUCUUUGAAUCAUGAACUCCGCCUGGAUCCGGCUGGGGCCUCAGAUGGCGCAUCAACUGGAGGUGGUGGUGCUGCUAACGCUGGUAUGGGUGGAACAGGUGGUGGUGGCGCUGGUAGUAGCAGCGGUGCUCCAUCUGGUUACCUCGGACUGGAUUCACUUUGCGGUGCCGGAAUGCACCGGCCGAGUCCUGAUCAGGCAAUUCCUACGGGUGCCACCUGUGACCGAUCCGAAUCCCUUGAGUCCACGGAUGGAUUGCUUAGAAAUUCCGGUCUUUACACGGAUCAAAAUCAAAUGCAUGUCGGAGAUUGCCCUCCGACAAGCGGUACCGCUAUUUGUGAUAGACACGGUUCAAGUAAGCUUGAUGACGGCCCUCUGUCGAAUCGUGCAGAUAUUCUUUAUUCAAUUAUAAAGUCCAUUCAGCACAGUGUAUCUAUCUUCACGACCAGUAAUGAGGAAGAUAGACUUUAUAUGAAUGGUGUUCUUUGA